GGGACAGAGGGAUCACAGUCGGAUCCUGCAGCGAUCCGUGCAGCUCGUCCUGGGCUCCGGGUUGGAUCCAGGCUCGCACGAUGAGCUGUGCUGUCAGGCAGGUUGUUACUGCCUGCUCCCAAGGCAGGAGCAGCGCGGGCAGCUCCGCGGCUGGCAGCGGAAGGAAGGUCUCCUCCACCUCCCCAGGGAGACAUGCAACCUAUGACCUCGGUGCCGUGAUCAGCAACUUCUCUGGUGACAGUUUAAGCGAGGGAUUACUUGGGAAGCAGCUGAGCGCCAACAGCGCUGCUGGUGGGAGCUUCGGAGCUACCCAGAGGGCUUGUUCUGCCCUUGGAUUCGGCGGUGGAGGCAUCUGCGCUCGAGGUGGUGGUUUCACCAGGGCUAGUGCUGGCUGUGGUGAUGGGAUCUUGUUUGCUAACAAUGAGAAGGCAACGAUGCAGAACCUCAACGACCGCCUGGCCUCCUAUCUGGACAAGGUGCGGCUGCUGGAGGGAGACAACGCCGAGCUCGAGUGCAAGAUCAGAGAGUGGUACGCCAAAGUAGGGCCCAGCUGCGAACCACGGGACUACAGCUGCUAUCAUAAGGAGAUCGAAGACCUUCAGAACCAGAUCCUGUGUGCAGCCAUGGAGACUAACAAAAUCCUCUUGAAUAUUGAUAACAACAGGAUGACUGCUGAUGACUUCAGAGUGAAGUACGAGGCUGAGUGUGGUCUCCGGCAGAACGUGGACACAGACAUCUGCAACCUGCGCCCGGUGCUGGACCAGCUGGCAAGCUGCAAGACCGACCUGCAGCUGCAGUGUGAGGCCCUGACUGAAGAGAUGUGCUGCCUCAAGACGAAUCACGAGGAGGAAAUGAGCUGUCUGAGGAAACAGGCCACUGGAGAUGUGAGCGUGGAGGUCAAUGCCUGCCCUGGCCCCGACCUGAGAAAGAUCCUGGAGGAUCUGAGGUGCCAGUAUGAAACGCUGAUGGAGCGCAACCGCAAAGAGACUGAGCAGUGGUACGCCUGCAAGGUGGAGGAGGUGAAUCUGGAGGUCGUCACGAGCAGCCAGGAGAUCGAGUCAAGCAACAAACAGGUUACAGAGCUGAGACGUCAGCUGCAGGCCUUGGAAAUCAACGUACAAGCCCAGCUCACUAUGAAAGAAAACCUGGAAUCCUCCUUGGCGGAAACCGAAUGUCGCUACAACAAAUACCUGGCUGAGCUCCAGAACCAGAUCUCCUGCGUGGAGCAGCGGCUGGCAGAAAUACGAGCAGAGAUGGAGUGCCAGAACCAGGAAUACAAGACCCUCCUGGAUGUCAAAUGUCGCUUGGAGCAAGAGAUCCAGACCUACCACUGCCUGCUGGAGGGGGGACAGCACGACAUCAUAGGGCCGGGGGCAAGAGGAGUCCCUGCAGCACCAGCUGGAAGAAGCGGAGGGCUGAAAGCCGGCAUGUGCCAGCCCUGCGUGCCCUGAGCCCGUGUGCAAGGAUGUGCAAGGUCACCUCCUGCCAGCCCCAUCGCACCCCUGAGGCCUCUCCAGGAACAAGGCACAAAGAACCUGACAGCUCAGCAGUCGGAAGGGCCCCUGCACACUGGCUGCCCCUGUCCCCUUCCCAUCCUCACCCGCUGCCGCAUCCACCAGCCACUGGUGUCCACUGGGACUAACCUGCUUUGCACUCAGUUGUCACACAACUACCACAGCUUGUCUCUAAUAAACUUCGCUACUCCUGA